CUUCUACAAGAUUAUAUAUUAAAAUGGAUAAACGUCAAUUAGAACAAGCUGAACAAAAGACCUCAUUCGUUCAAGCCAUCAAGUCGGAACUUUUUUCUCCCGAGAAGCGUCAAGGUAACCUCAACAUUGCUCUUUCUGUUUCCGUUUUCACUGGUGCUAUUGUCUUUCUUCGUAACUGGGGUGAACUCUUGGCUGUCUAAAUAAGCCUUUGUAGUAAUACCUCUCUUCUCUUCUUCCUGUUAUAUAUUUUAUGAUCACAUUUCAACCCCGUACAAUAAAACCCAAAAAAAAGUACAACCAUUUAA